AGGCCCCCUCACUGGAGGCAGGUGACAUUGUGCUGGUGGUGUAGGAAGCCCACCACAACAACCAUAGGAAGGGGGUGGUGGGGGUGGGGAGAGACUGAGAGCACCCCGCAUUCUCCCACCCCCUGAAAUAUGAUCAGUGGGGCUUGGAUGUAUCCAAGGGAAGAUGAGGCCGUCUUAAAGAUCUGCUGGGAACCCCGACACAGCGACAAACCGUGCGCCGACUCCGAGAGGGCUCAGAGAUGGCGAAUGUCCCUAGCCUCCCUUUUGUUCUUCACCGUCCUGCUGUCUGAUCACCUCUGGCUGGUCUCCGCCGGGGCCAAGGCGAGGAGCAGCUUCUCUUUCAGCCUUCAGCCGGUCCCUAGAGGGGGGGAGCAGGCCAACUACUCCAGCCUGGUACCCCUCCAGAGCUUCCCGGGGGGGGAGGGCAGGGGGUGCUGGGACAACUUGCUAAGCAAUCUGACCAAAUCUGCUGCUCACAGUCCUCAUUGCACUGGGGCCAGGACCUCUCACCUGGACUCUGCCUGCACCAAACUGCAUUACAUGCAAAGACACGGGGGGUCUCUUUUUCCACCCUCUCCCCAAACCUCCUCCUCCCCAUCUUCCUAUCCCUGGUCCAGCCACCCUUUCUCUUUUUCCUCCAAGAGGAACUUUUUGAAGGCUUAUUUUCGCAACCUCACCCUGUCCUUUUGUAAUACAUACACCCUGCUGGACCUGCUGCUGGGCAUGCCUAACCCUGACAGCCUGAACUGCAGUCUGGAGAAACUGAUGGAGGACUUCCCUGGGGCAGCUGCAGCCUCCAAUGCCCUCCUGGAGGGUGAGGUGUGCAGCAGCUGUGUCCAAGCUUACCAGAGACUGGAUCAACAUGCUCAGGAAAAAUACGAGGAGUUUGACUUUGUGUUGGAGAAAUACCUGCAAGCUGGAGAGUACUCUGUGAGAUCCUGCGUGGGAGACUGCAAGGCUGUCUACAAAGCCUGGCUGUGCUCGGAGUAUUUCAAUGUGACCCAGCGGCAGUGCCGCCACCACAUCCCCUGCAAGCAGUACUGCCUGGAGGUACAAACCCGCUGCCCCUUCAUGCUACCUGAUAAUGACGACCUUAUCUAUGGAGGAUUACCGGGCUUCAUCUGUACAGAUACGCUAGAAGACCAUAUAUCUAACACAGAGGCGGAGUGCUGUGAUGUCCGAUGGCACUCAUGUAACACCCCCGGGAGUGGCAAUCACAACUCAUCAACCAAAUCUUCGAACUCCCAAUCCAUGUACUACCAACACCGCAGUCGCCACCACCAGCAUCACCAUCGACACCAUCAUUUGCAUCCCUAUUAUCACCAUCACAACCCCUCUCUGCUGCCGGUCUCAGCGGGAACCCGCCUCGGAAAUACCAGACUAAGGCUGUGUGUGCUGGUACUUAUGCUGCUCCACACCAUGGCCUCCUUCUCGGCUGUGCAGAAUGGGGUGAGUUUGGAACCCAUGACUGGCAUGGAAGAGACAUCGGCACGUGAAGAGUGAAUGCAUGGAAGCGCUUUCUGAAAACUCCGAAGGUUGGAAUACGUUCCUCCCAAAGGGUGUGCCCUUUUGUUUGACCUGGAGGCACUGAGAGGCCGCCCUCAGAAGCAGUUAACGGUGGUCAGCCUAGUGAAAACAGAUGAUGAGUCCUUUGGGCUUGAGGGCCUGUGAGACACAACUUUGAGAAGGGUUCUGUGUCAGUGGCCUUGAAAUAAUGCUUGUAUUAAGCACAGGCAGUGUGAGGCAGAGUAUGAUUGGGGUGGUCCUGUAUCAAAUUGAAUAUGGAAAGAAUGUCUGGCCAAAUAAUGUACGGCAUUCAAUGCUUAGUUAAACGGUUGGCCUAGCUCACCAAUAACGACUGGUGAACAAGUGAUAAGUGCUUUAGUGCUGCCCUGAAUGUAUUCUUGGUCAUGAUGGCUAACAAGCAUUAUUUAUAAGAGGUGUAUGUGGCCAAGUGGCAGCUGUAUUUCUUAAGGUGAAUACAAAACAGAAAGUUAGUCACCUAGCCAGGCUAAUAAUUGUGAGAGAUCUGAUAAUUACAGUAUUCUGCAAAAAUAAAGUAUACAACACUGUGUCUCUUUACAGUGAAAAAUACAAUAAAUGCUGGUUUUCUAAGUUACAAAAAUGUGAGACACUUAAACAAACAAAAAAAGAAUUAAUACAAUGUGCAAAAAAUAUAUAUUUUGGGUCACUUGUGGUACUGCAAACAAUAGGAGAUAAAUCUGAAUUUUAUCAGAAUGAAUGAAGUUGAUGGAACAAAAACAAGAAAAGAGAAUACGCGUAAGAUAAUGUGUGAAGGUGAGUCAGCCUCGCAUUUUCUGGACAGGCUGAUUUAAAUGUUUCCACAAUUCAGUUUUAUAUAAUUUUAUCAAUUGUGCAAAUCAAAUGUUUGACAGAAAAGACAAACAACU